GCCGCCGCCUCUGUCGCCGCCCGGAGCCGCUGCGAGGAGCAGGUGCCACAAUGCACAUGAAGAAGUACCUGCUGAAGUGCCUGCACCGGCUGCAGAAGGGCCCCGGCUACACGUACAAGGAGCUGCUGGUGUGGUACUGUAACAACACUAACACCCACGGCCCCAAGCGCAUCAUCUGCGAGGGGCCCAAGAAGAAGGCCAUGUGGUUCCUGAUCACGCUGCUCUUCACCUGCCUCGUCUGCUGGGAGUGGGGCGUCUUCAUCAAGACCUACCUGAGCUGGGAGGUCAGCGUCUCCCUCUCCAUCGGCUUCAAGACCAUGGACUUCCCUGCCGUCACCAUCUGCAACGCCAGCCCCUUCCAGUAUCCAAAGUCCAAGCAUCUGCUGAAGGAUCUGGACGAACUAAUGGAAGCGGUCCUGGAGAGGAUCCUGGCACCCCGAGCAGAGCUAUGGCAACGCUUUAAGGCUCUGAACUCCACCAUCUGGAACUACACACCGGUGGUCCUUAUCGACGAGCAGAACCCCCAUCACCCAGUGGUCCUUGACCUCUUUGGAGACAACCAAAAUGGCUCGGCACCAGGAAGGACCUGCACUGCGCAGGCGUGCAAAGUGGCCAUGAGACUAUGCAGCCUCAACAGGACCGUGUGCACUUUCCGGAACUUCACCAGCGCCACCCGGGCCGUGACAGAGUGGUACCUCCUGCAGGCCACCAACAUCUUCUCGCAGGUGCCAAACCAGGAGUUGGUGGAGAUGGGCUACCCUGCCGAGCGGCUGAUCCUGGCGUGCCUGUUUGGGCCGGAGCCAUGCAGCUACAGGAACUUCACGUCCAUCUUCCACCCUGAUUAUGGCAACUGUUAUAUCUUCAACUGGGGCAUGACGGAGAAGGCGCUCCCUUCAGCCAACCCCGGAGCUGAGUUUGGCCUGAAGCGAUCCUGGGACAUAGGCCAGGACGACUAUGUGCCCUUCCUCACGUCCACGGCCGGCGCCCGGCUGAUGCUUCAUGAGCAGAAGUUCAUAACCCUCUCAUCAAUAGACGAGGGCAUCUACGCCCUGUCCGGGACGGAGACAUCCAUCGGGUGCUGGUGGUCGGCCGCAGACAAGCUGGAGCGCAAGGGAGAGCCCUACAGCCAGUGCACCAUGAACGGCUCCGACGUCCCCGUGGAAAACCUUUACAGCGACUACAACACCACCUACUCCAUCCAGGCCUGUAUCCGCUCCUGCUUCCAAGACCACAUGAUCCGGAACUGCAGCUGUGGGCACUACCUGUACCCCCUGCCCCGUGGGCAGAGAUACUGCAACAACCGGGAGUUCCCCGACUGGGCCUAUUGUUACUCACACCUGCGCAUGAGCGUGGCCCAGAGGGAGACCUGCAUCAACAUGUGCAAGGAGUCCUGCAAUGACACCCAGUACAAGAUGACUAUCUCCAUGGCUGACUGGCCUUCAGAGGCUUCCGAGGAUUGGAUUUUCCAUGUCUUGUCUCAGGAGCGGGACCAAAGCACUAAUAUCACCUUGAGCAGGAAGGGAAUCGUCAAGCUCAACAUCUACUUCCAAGAAUUCAACUAUCGCACCAUUGAGGAGUCAGCAGCCAAUAACAUCGUCUGGCUGCUCUCCAACCUGGGCGGCCAGUUUGGCUUCUGGAUGGGGGGCUCAGUGCUGUGCCUCAUCGAGUUUGGAGAGAUCCUCAUCGACUUCGUGUGGAUCACCAUCAUCAAGCUGGUGGCCUUCGCCAAGAGCCUGCGGCAAAGGCGGGCCCAGGCUUGCUAUGCUGGCCCGCCGCCCACUGUGGCUGAGCUGGUGGAGGCUCACACCAACUUCAGCUUCGAGCCCGACGUGGCCGGGCCGGGCCCCGACCCUGGGACCUAUCCUGAUGAGCAGACCCUGCCCAUCCCGGGCACCCCACCCCCCAACUAUGACUCCCUCCGUCUGCAACCACUGGAUAUCAUCGAGUCGGACAGUGAGGGCGAUGCCGUCUAGACCCAGGGGACCCAGAAGUCAGAUCCGAGAAGCUGAGAUCAC